AUGCAGCAGAAUGCCAGUACUAGUGCUGCUCUACGUUUUGGUGAAGUGGCGAGCACCAGCGGCCUAGUACAUCCUGGUCUUUCACAUACCAGCACUGCAGUAUCACUUGUUGACAUGGCGAGUCCCAUAAGUGCAGUACAAGAUGGUGCGGUGGCGAGCACAAGUAUUGUCCUGCAACCACCAAGAAUUUGCACACAGGUCCGUAGAGCCCCUAGUGUCCUUCCGGAUGUGCUUGCAAAUCCCGACUGGCAGCCCACAAAUUCUGCAGCACCCAUACUUCCCCCAUUCACUGCCCAACCCGGAAUUCAGAUGGAAACAGCAAAUUCAACUACUCCCCUUGAUUUUUUGGAGCGGUUUUUCACGGAAGAUCUGUAUGCAUUGAUUGUGGAUCAAAGCAAUUUAUAUGCACAACAAUUUAUUAGCGCUAACCCAAAUUCAAACCUUGCCAGACCAUUCGCAUGGAAACCCAUUACAGUUUCCGAAUUUACAUUUUUGGGGGGCCUAACCCUCAACAUGGGCAAUACUAAAAAAAGAAAAAAACGAAUUGCAGUUGUAUUGGUUCACAGACCCGAUUCAUCAUAUGCCCGUAUUCUCUGCUGCCAUGGCCAGGCAUAUAUAUGAGAUUAUAAUGUGUUUUAAGCAUUUCAACGACAAUACACUCUGUCGUCCUCGGAGUGACCCUUAAUUUGACCAGCUCUACUAAAUUCGGCCCCUCGUAAACCACCUUAACCAAAAAUUUGCAGAUGUCUAUACUCUCCCGGAGAAAAUUUUGCGUUGAUGAGUGUGACAUACAAUGAGUCCCUCAUAAUUUUUCAUUCAAACAAUUUCUCCCCAGUAAGCAUUCCAGAUAUGGGGUCAAGAUGUAUAAGACCUGUGAGGGUGCAACAGGCUAUACAUAUAAGUUUCAGAUUUACGAGAGAAAAGAUGGAGCAUGGAGCCCCCGGAUGCCCAGACUAUAUGGGGCAAGAUAGUUUGGGACUUGGUGCCAUCCUUUUUCCAUAUGGGGUACCACAAUUUUUAUUCAAGCGUGCCACUAUUUAGACAUUUGUACAAUCUUGGAAUUGGCACAUGUGGCACUGUUCGA